AUGGAUAACUAUCCAUUUUUCGAUUCUCAAAUAAAUUCUGAUUUUAUGUCAGAGUUUUCUUCUUUUCUAAAUGAAGUGGGUGAGGGUGAUUACACAGAUCAGUUUUCCACUGAUCAAAUAUUCUCAUCACGCGCCGAUUUAAUUGAGUGGGUUCGAAAGAUUGCAUUUGAUCUUGGAUUUGUUGUCGUCAUUAUAAGAUCUGACACAGCAACUGGUGAAGCUAGCAGAAAGACAUUUAUUUUGUUAGGCUGUGAAAGAAGCGGGAAGUAUAGGAAGCCAGAUGUUCAACCUGGUGUAUCUGGCACAAGAAAAUGUGAGUGUCCGUUUAGGUUGAAGGGUAAACCUAAAGGAGAGGGUUGGGUGUUAAAGGUUAUGUGUGGGUAUCACAACCAUGAAUUAGCAGAGACUUUGGUCAGCCAUCCCUUCGCGGGAAGGUUAAAUGUUGCUGAACAGUCAAUUCUUGUGGACAUGACUAAUAGUCAAAUAGAGACAAAUACAUCCAGAGAAGUAGAUGUUUGGACGAUUCUGACGUGGUAA